AUGGAGACUAAGAAAGUGCAAUGGCAGAUUCUGGAGAUCACCAAGUGGGAAGAAGGAACCCUCAAGUCUGAGAGAUUCGUCGCCGGCGAUUGCGAAUGGAUCAUUGUUGCCAAGUUAAAGAACGUUUGCGGUGAAGAUUAUCUCUCUCUAUUUCUGCGUUGUUGUUCCGAUAAGGGAGCAAGGGACUACGGUUGUCGAGACAUUUUCGCCGAUUACAGCUUCAUCGUCGUCAACCGAUUGUGGGGAGCCAAAUCAUCAUUAAUCGAAGGUGGGAAACGCCAUUUUAGAGUAGGUGGGAAAGGCUGGGGAUUCAAAUCUUUGAUUCGACUGGGAGAUAUUCUCAAGCCCCUGAAAGGGUUCCUUGCGAAUGAUGAUAUCCUUAUUCGAGCUCAUGUUUCUACAGUUAAACAAGAAUCGACAUGGUUGUCUGAUCUUGAUGAUAGAACCCGGGAGGAAUACACGCCUAGAACUCAUCAUCAGGCAGGAGCAGCAGCAAUAGCAGCAGCAGCGGAUUCUGAUACAACUGAAGAAACGGACAUUGGUUCUGAGGCACCAUUAAUUCGAGCUCAUGUUUCUAAAGGACAUGUUUUGCUGCAGGAAGAAUCGACAUGGUUGUCUGAUUUUGAGGAUAGAACCCAGGAGGAAGACACACCUCGAACUCAUCAUCAGGCAGGAGCAGCAGCAAUUGCAGCAGCAGCAGCGGAUUCUGAUACAACUGAAGAAACGGACAUUAAUUCUGAAGCAUCUGCUGAUCACCAAGAAGAAGAGGAAGAAGCAUCAGAUUCUGACACAUCUGAAGAAACGAACAUGAAUUCUGAUGCACCUGCUGAUCACCAAGAAGAAGAGGAAGAAGCAUCGGAUUCUGACACAUCUGAAGAAACGGACAUGAAUUCUGAUGCACCUGCUGAUCACCAAGAAGAAGAAGAAGAAGCAUCGGAUUCUGACACAGCUGAAGAAACGGACAUGAAUUCUGAUGCACCUGCUGAUCACCAUCAACAACCUAAUGGCGUCAUAGCUGGAUCCAUCGCGGAACCAAUGAAUGAGAGGCUCUCCUCCGGACGCAGAAUUGAUUGUGGAGCUCAUCAGGAUCCUGAAAGGCUUCAGGCUACCACUUUAUCAGGUCAAGAGGAGCAGCCUACUGAUCAGCCUGAUGGUGCCAACAACCUACCAAUGGAAGAUUGCCUUCCAGAACAGAGAAGUGAAGCUGUUGAACAACCAGCAGCUAUGGUUUUGGAUUCAGCUACUGAAGGGCCUGCAGCUACUCCAUUACCGAGUCAGGGCUUAAUUUUGGAACUCAAACGCGGCGUAUCUGGCUCCAUGCAUGUCAUCGAAACUUCCCAUGCCACUGAAGCUUCUGUGGCACAGAGGAAUGAGGACAUGGAAGCGAGGCUUGUUCACAGGCAGAAGCAGUUGAGCUGCUUGGAGGGCGAAUUUUUCCGACUUGGGGAAGAAGGAAAGAAGCUUGAUGCUGAAAUCCAGCAAUUGAUUGCUCGUAAGAUCAGGGUUGAGGAUCAGACGAAGACCACCGUCGGUGCAUUGAGGAAGACGAGGGAGAGAGCUUGCAAGGAAUUGGAAGAGGCCAAGGAGCAAAGCAACAAACGGAAGCGGGCUUCUGAGAAUCGGUUGGUUGCCGAGGAGAAUCUUGUUCAGUUCAAUACAAGUUGGAAGCUUUUGAAGUCUACGUUGGGAUUGUGA